AUGUUGUCGUUUUUAUCGUCAAAUCUGUCUAGCACGCGUCAAUCUCUGGCGCAAGUCCUCAAUUUCGCGCUGGUUCUGUCCACAGCGUUUAUGAUGUGGAAAGGCCUCUCCGUGUUCACAGCGAGCUCGUCACCCAUUGUCGUCGUGCUCUCCGGGUCCAUGGAGCCAGCCUUCCAGAGAGGCGACCUGUUAUUCUUGUGGAAUCGCAGCCCGCGGGCAGAACUAGGUGAAAUCGUGGUCUACAACGUCCGGGGCAAGGAUAUCCCGAUCGUGCAUCGCGUCGUUAGAACAUUCCCUGAAAUCGAAGGCAAAGCGAAGAAGGUCAAGGAGAUUACGGGGACCUCCUCCGUUCCUCCCAACAUGCUUCUCACCAAGGGAGACAACAACAUUGCCGAUGAUACCGAGCUGUAUGCGAAAAACCAGGACUUUCUACACCGCGAGGAGGAUAUUGUUGGCAGCGUGCGGGGAUAUAUGCCCAUGGUGGGAUAUGUGACUAUUAUGCUCAGUGAGCAUCCGUGGCUCAAGACGGUCUUGCUUGGUAUUAUGGGUUUGAUGGUCAUACUGCAACGGGAACAAUAG